AUGGCAACAACGGCUAGCAGUAGCAGCACCCCUGCCAAUAAUGCAUCACAACGCAACAACCAGAACGCAGACUCUGCAAUCCGAACGCGCCAUGUCCUCGGAAGUGUCAUCCGCUCAUCCUCAGCCCCCAGUGAUCUCUUGCCGCCACUAAGUCGCCUAUCGCCACUGUCCAACCGCUCCUCUCCACAGCUCAGCAACCACCCCUACAACCGCGAACUUCUCACCUAUAUCGCCGCCAACGCCAAAAACCUCGCCUCUUCCGCCCUGGCUGCACCGACCCAACGAAGCGCAGCGGCAACAAUUCUUAACAGAUCAGGACCCUUCCCGGGACAGAUUGACAGUUCUGGAAAUAAUGUUGUAGAGACUAUGGAUGACAUUGGCGAUAUCAAAGGGGUAGUAUUUCAGGUUUUGAGUAUGGAUGAUACUGUCGGCGACUUGGACGAUGAGGUACCUGGAGGCGUGGCUUCUACAGACGCCCUUGUUAUCACAGUCACUGUCAAGCCAAAAGGUAAUGUAGGACAAUAG